AUGUUGGCGGCGCCGCCUCAGAGACGUCAAGACGAGCGGAGGCGGCGGCCGUUUAUGAUUUUGUGGUUUGCUUUCACCUUUGGCCAACUCAUAAGUGCCGUCGGAGCUCAAAAUCAAUCAAAUAGCGCCACCACUAAUCCAUCUGAAGCAAGGGCUUUAAAUUCAAUAUUUCGUCGUUGGGGACUUUCGGCCUCAAAUCAGUGGAAUAUUAGCGGCGAAUUAUGCAGCGGCGUUGCUACCGAUCAAACCCAAAUUGCAAACAUAAAUCCCGGAAUAAAAUGUGAUUGCACUGAAAAUAAUGGGUCCACUUGCCACAUCACAGCUUUGAGGGUGUAUGCUAUGGAUGUAGCCGGUCAACUACCUGACGAGCUAUGGAGUUUGACCUUUCUUACUGAUUUGGAUUUACGUCAAAAUUAUUUAACAGGGCCAAUUCCAGCAUCCAUUGCCAAUCUCACUCGCAUGCAAUACUUGAGUUUUGGCAUCAAUGCAUUAUCAGGAGAGGUCCCUAGAGAGCUUGGGCUGCUCACAGACUUGAGAUCAUUGUGGGCCUCAGACACCGAGCUGACGGGCCGGAUACCCGACUUCAUUGGGAAUUGGUCCAAUCUAGUUCAAUUGAGGUUUCAGGGCAAUUCAUUCCAAGGUCCCAUACCCCAAUCGUUUUCCAAUUUAACCGCUCUCAACGACUUGAGAAUAAGUGGUGUAACAAAUGGAGGCUCUUCAUUGGACUUCCUCAUAGGCUUGACUUCUCUAUCUACCUUAAUUUUGGGAAACAAUAAUAUCUCCGGUUCUAUACCUUCAUUUUUCGGUUCAUUUCAGAGCAUGACACUACUAGAUUUAUCGUACAAUGCGUUAUCCGGUAGCUUUCCAUCUUGGGUCGGUGAACAGAACCUUCAACUCAAUUUGGUUUCCAACAACUUCAGCAUCAAUAGUUCUAACAGCAGUGCUUUGCCUUCCGGUUUGGAUUGUCUUCAGAAGAACUUUCCAUGCGGGCGAGGGAACCCGACGUAUUCCAGCUUUGCCAUUAACAGUGGCGGCCGGACCAUCCGUUCUUCGGAUCAAAUUCUGUUUGAGAGCGACAACGAGACUUUGGGCCCGGCAAUGUACUAUGUCACCGCCUCACGUAGAUGGGCAGUGAGCAAUGUCGGCCUCCCGUCCGGUAGCAUCAGCCCACAAUACCAAUACACUUCUCAGUCUCAGUCCCAGUUCACAAAUACUCGGGACUCGGAUUUGUUUCGAGACGCCCGUAUCUCGGCCGGGUCAUUGAGAUACUAUGGUCUGGGCCUCGAAAACGGGAACUAUACCGUUAGGCUACAUUUUGCCGAGAUAGUGAUUUCAAGCGCCUGGACCUGGAGGAACCUCGGGAGGCGUGUUUUCGACAUAUACAUCCAGGGGAACUUAGUGCAAAGAGAUUUCGACAUUCGAAGAGAAGCUGGUGGGGGGUUCGAUUUGAGAACCGUCACGCGGGAUUACAGGGCUCGGGUUAUCGGAAAUUAUCUCGAGAUCCAUCUGUUUUGGGCCGGGAAAGGCACUUGCUGCGUACCGGCUCAAGGGACUUACGGGCCUUUGAUCUCAGCUAUAAAUUUUGUGCCGACCGUGUCGAAUAAUCCGCCAAGUGGGAACACAAACAGAACGAGUAUGAUUAUCGGGAUUGUUUUCGGAGUCUCGGUUGUUGUAAUCUUCGUUGCUCUAGGCGUUUGUUAUAUGUACAGAACGAAACAAAUGCAGAGAAGAAAAAUGGAGGAUCAUGAGUUAUCAGGGAUCGAAACACGGACUUACACAUUCAGUUAUGCCGAACUAAAAGCCUCAACGAAUGACUUCAGUUCGGAUAAUAAGCUCGGUGAGGGAGGAUUUGGAUCCGUUUACAAGGGAACUCUUUCCGAUGGGAGAGUUGUUGCCGUUAAGCAGCUUUCGGUGGCAUCACAACAAGGGAAGAGCCAAUUUGUGGCUGAGAUCGAAACUAUAUCCGCCGUGCAACACCGUAACUUAGUUAAAUUAUACGUGGCGAGAGGACUCGCGUAUCUUCACGAAGAGUCUCGAAUGAGAAUUGUUCAUCGAGACGUGAAGGCCAGCAAUAUACUUCUCGAUUCGGAGCUCGUUCCAAAAAUCUCGGAUUUCGGGCUGGCCAAAUUGUACGAUGAUAAGAUGACACAUAUAAGCACUCGAGUUGCAGGCACAAUUGGGUAUCUAGCGCCGGAAUAUGCCAUGUUCGGACAGCUUACGGAAAAAGCUGAUAUAUUCAGCUUUGGAGUUGUGGCUCUCGAGACUGUGAGUGGAAAACCGAACUCCGACUCGAGUUUGGAAGAUGAUACGAUAUAUCUUCUCGAAAGGGCUUGGAACCUUCACGAAAACAAGAAGGAACUCGAUCUAGUCGACCCGAAUAUGCACAAAUACAAUCAACACGAAGUAAAGAGGAUAAUCGGGAUUUCGCUUUUGUGCACUCAAGCUUCGCCAGCCCUUCGGCCACCGAUGUCUCGUGUGGUGGCCAUGCUAUCCGGGGAGAUGGAAGUGCCCACGGUUAACACGAGGCCCGGUUAUCUAACCGGGUGGAACUUUAAUGAUGCCACUAUUUCUGUCUCGGGUGAAAAAGUGUCGGGUUAUUCACCCGAGAAUGAUGCAAAAGCCAUGCUGCACGAGAGAAUUGAUGAGGGAAGAUGA